UUCAACCUGCUACGAUAGCAGUCCGGUAUAGUGUAAACGGGGCCUGAAUCAUGAUUUUUUGUUCGUUGCAUUGUGCUUAAAUCACGAGGGAAAAAUUUAUUUUAACAAUUUCAAUAAAGUUUUGGUAAAGCGUUACGCAAUUAUUAGAAAUUACAUGACAUCAUACUAUGCCUCAGAUCAACAAUUUGCUUCAAGUUUUUAAGGUGAACAAUAAGGCUUAAACUCGCACGAUUUGGGAAUUAUUUCAAUGAAUUAUUUGUGAAAUUUGGAAGUAUGCAAAUGAGUAGGAAGAAAUCGAGAGGCUGUGGUAUGUCCUUGAGAUGUCCUUACCAAACAUUGAUGUAAAAGUAUAUCCAACUAGUAUGAUUAUUGGAGCCGUAGCAGGGUGUCUUGGUACAAUGAUUUUAAUUUCAACUGGGAUAUACAUUUAUAGAAAGUUUUUAGAAUUCAGAGCGUCACGUAGGAAAAGAAGGUCUCGCAAAUUGCGAAGAUUUGCACUUACUCCAUUUUAUGAGGAUCCAGUGCACGAAAACAUUAUAGAAGUGAAUGAAGUACCGUCACCAGUUUAUGUGGAGAAAAAUAUUGCUGAUCACAAGAUAAUCAUUUCUAAUGCCGAGGACGAUCUUUCAGAUGACGAAGCAAGCCUUUCUGAUCAAGAGGACACCGUUUGUGGUUCGGACGAAACCGCUUCUAAUUCGGAAGAAACCCUUUCUGAAUCCGAGGAGGAAACCCUUUCUUGUUCCAAAGAAAGCAUUUCUGAUUCAGAAGAAUGCUCUUCACAUACGUCCGUUUCAGAUCAAACUUCAAUUACAACAUGUUCCACUGACUCCGACGAUAGCGAAUCUGGAUUCCACACAUCUUUGGAGUAUAACGAAGACAAUGAAGCGCCAUCUAUAAACAUUUUUCCUGAUAUUUGGACGUAUGAAAGUCUAGUCACGUGGUUAAAAAAUUUCACCUAUGGUGUUUCAGAGUGCUGAUUUUAUGAUACCAUCUAUAGAUUAUAUAAUAAAAAGUUUAAAAUCGUCUUUA